GAACCCCUCACUACAUAACCUAGAUACGGAUACCUACUAACCUAAGGUUACUGUGAUAUGUAUACGUAUGUACGGUACUAGGUUAGCGCUCGCGUGCUGACAGCCCCAGAAAUUUGCUUGAUCAACUGAAGUGGUGCCACCCUCGAUUUGUCCUGGGGGGUGAGUUUCCGAGUUCGCGACUUGAAGGACGCCAGCGCCAGCGCCAUUGAAUCCAUUCGAACUGCCUGUUCACUUCGCGAGCGUUCUGAGAGCCAUAAGAUGGUCACCACGCGUUCUAAAGCAAACGGCACAACUACCGCCAUCGCCAAUGGCAUCGGCAAUGGCAAUGGCAAUGGCUACGCCAAGGCCAACGGGUCGCUGAAGAAGCGGCGGAGCGACACCGACCUCGCACCUACCGAGUCCAAGCAGCCAAAAGUCCGCGAAGAUACCGACAUCACUCGAUGGCGAUGUUUGGACGACGACGGCCGCCUCACGUGGCACUACCUCGAGGACGACGAGGAUGCAAAGGAAUGGCCACAGAGCUAUGCCGACAAAUGGUAUCUUGGGCUCGAUCUCGGUCUCCCUGAUCUGCCGAAGCCCAAGAAACCAAUCGAUGCUGUAAAGAAUGGUCUGGCCUUCUUUGAAAAACUACAACUGCCCUCAGGAGAAUGGGGAAGUGAGUAUGGCGGUCCCAUGUUCUUACUUCCUGGGGUUGUGUUCGCAUGGUAUGUCACCAAGACGCCAAUACCUUGGUACAAGGCGACUGCCAUCAAAAACUACCUCAAGGCGCGUGCGCACCCCGAAGACGGUGGUUGGGGCCUCCAUAUUGAAGGAGAGAGCACUGUCUUUGGCACAUCCAUGAACUAUACAGUCCUGCGCUUGGUGGGGGUUGACCCAGAAGAGCCGUUCAUGGUCAAAGCAAGAGCUACGCUUCAUCAGCUUGGAGGUGCUACCCACGCACCACACUGGGCCAAAUUCUGGCUCAGCGUCUUGGGCGUCGCGAAAUGGGGCAUUGUGAACCCCGUCCCACCCGAGAUCUGGCUCCUGCCUGAUUGGACACCCAUCUCUCCUUGGAAGUGGUGGAUACACAUUCGACAAGUCUUCUUGUCCAUGAGUUACAUCUACUCCAAGCAAUGGACAUGCGAAGAGACGGACGUCAUCAGGGAACUGCGACAAGAACUUUUUGUUCAGGAGUGGGAUGACAUCGAUUGGAACGCACACCGAAAUACCAUUGCUGCCAAGGACAAUUAUCACCCCAAGUCAUGGCUGCUCAAUACCGCCAAUUGGAUGCUCGUUAAUAUUUGGAAUCCCUAUUUACGCACCAACAGCUUAGUGGAGAGAGCAGAAGCAUGGGUCAGCAAACUGAUCGACAUGGAAGAUGAGAACACAGACUUUGCCGACCUAGCGCCUGUCAAUGCUGCCAUGAACACUAUCGUGUGCUACAUCCGUGAUGGACCAGGCGCUUAUACUGUACGCAGGCACGUGGAGCGACUCGAAGACGCCUUGUGGGUCAAGGACGAAGGAAUGCUCUGCAACGGUACAAACGGCGUGCAAAACUGGGAUACGGCCUUCGCUAUUCAAGCUGUCGUGGAUGCAGGACUUGCCGAAGACCCCAGGUGGAGGCCGAUGCUCACCAAAGCUCUCGGGUUUCUGGACAGUCAACAGAUCCGCAAGAACUGCAAGGACCAGGAUGUUUGCUACCGCCAACAGCGAAAAGGUGCCUGGGGGUUCAGUAACAAGGUGCAGGGCUAUGCCGUGAGCGAUUGCAUUUCCGAGGCUUUGAAGUCGGUGAUUAUGCUGCAGAGAACACCGGGAUAUCCUCAACUGUUGGAGGAUCAAAGGAUAUUUGACGCCAUCGAUACGCUCCUGACGUAUCAAAACGCAUCUGGUGCGUGCUCAUCGUAUGAGCCGACUCGAGGCAGUGAACUUCUGGAAAUGCUCAACGCGGCAGAGGUGUUUGGCAAAAUCAUGGUUGAAUAUGACUAUGUUGAGUGCUCCACAGCAGUGAUCACGGCACUAUCGCUGUUCAAUAAGUUCUGGCCCGACUACAGAGCGGACGAGAUCAAGCACUUCAAGGCCAGAGUGCUUGCGUUUAUCAAGCGAGCACAACUCCCUGACGGCGGAUGGUACGGAAACUGGGCCAUCUGCUUCACAUAUGCCACCAUGUUUGCUCUGGAAAGCCUGUCCAGUGUUGGUGAAACGUACGAGAACAGCUCCAGCUCGAAGAAGGCUUGUGAUUUCUUGAUCUCGAGGCAAAGGGCGGAUGGAGGGUGGUCGGAAAGUUACCGAUCUUGCGAGAAGGGAGUGUACGCGGAACACCCAUCGGGAUCACAAGUGGUGAUGACCUCGUGGGCGCUUAUUGGGUUGAUGCAUGCUGAAUACCCUGAUAUCGAGCCAAUCAAGAAGGGUGUCAAGCUCGUCAUGGAAAGACAACGACCGAAUGGGGAGUGGCUUGCUGAGGCGAUUGAAGGCGUGUUCAACAAGAGCUGCAUGAUCACAUACCAGAACUAUAAGUUCACCUUCACAUUGAAGGCCUUGGGCAUGUUUGCCACUCGAUUCCCAGAUGAAGCAGUAGUAUAAGAGAAAAACUUGUCGAAUACCAACCAUGACGGCAACUGUACUGCAUUGGAGAAGGAGCAACAAGUACUAGACUAGAUUAAAACAGACCAACUAAUCUACAAUAAUAUUAAUGAGACGAGAACAUGCCAAACACCCACAGUAUCGUUGCAAGUCCAGUUGAACGAACAGCGUCAUGUGUAACAAGUUCAAACAAACAAAC